AUGGAUACUGGCGAAACGCGUGUUCAAGUCGAGCGAAAUAUUCCGCCGGAUCGUGAGAAUCAAAGUGCGAAACGAAGGAAUGCGGGUUCGACGCCGACGUUCAAUCGGUUCGUGCGUUUGCCGAAACCUAAACGAUGCCGCUCGUGGGGACGUCAAUUGCUGCGACGAUGGUCCAGCGCGAGCUUCAUCAAUUUCUUCAGCUCGCCGAGCAGCUGCACGAGUGACGACAAUAACAGAGGCAACGAUUCUCCGCCUCUGGCUCACGCUCUUGAUGCGUUCGGAUCGUCGGAUUACGUCAAUUUUGGUCCGAUCACGCCUCCUCCUAAGCCUCCUCGAGUCGGGCCCCAGUUUGCUCCAUCCUCGUUGUCGACUGGUUUAGACAGAUGCAGCGCAACCGAGUGUGAAGGAUCGCUCACUUCGGCGCAGUCGAGCGCGUUGCGAGUGGAAGACGAGGAGCGACACGCAUCCCGUCUCUUCUUCUUGAGGUUGUUGUCGUCGUCGUCGUUGCCCUCCAUUGAGUUGUCGCCGUGCUCGCUAGAUGGCGCGCAGUCGCUGCCGAACGCCAUUUGCUGCGGGGAAUCAUCAGGUGCCGCGGCACGAGAUGAACCAUCGCACCAUAGGGAGGCGGAGUCAUUGCGGACGAGUGCGGAUGAAACGCAUUCAUCCGGCGCGGAUGAUGAUGACGAAGAUGACGUUAUUAUUGACGACGACGACAACGACGUUGAAAACGAAGCUCGUGAUGGCGGAAUGACAGGCGGAUCGCUUAGCCCCAAACUGUUGCGGAUGCGUCCGGUAGCCUUGCCAUUGUAUGACCAAGGCAACGACGACUUCCGUUUGGAGGACGCCCGUUUAUUGUGGCUACACUGGCGACUUUUCAUCCCAUCCGUCCGACAGACGAAACCGGUCAUUUCUGAACGUGAACGCGGACUAUUGCAGCGGACAAACAGCCUCAAUAUCCACGUCAGUCAGCUGCAACGCCAGCAACGGAUCUUAUCCAGCGAGAAUGAGCAAUUGAAACGUCAAAUGGAGAUGGAAAGAGAACGGCCGGCCGGCCAGCUGCAACGGGAACGUGAACGUCAGCAAGAACUGCAACUGCUGCGCAAGAAAAAUGCCGAGCUGGCCAUUCAAACGAAAAAAUUAGAAGAGAAAGUGCGCAGUCUUGAAAAGAAGUCGAAAGAGUUGCCGUCGCUGAACGGUGGAACGCAGCAGGUUGUGCUGUCCAGGGAGCGGUCAAUUGACAACAAGUUGCACCAUCAGCAAGUCCAGCAGCAACAACAACAACACGCUAAACAGACGGCACCGACCAAGUGGCGCGAAAAAGAAAUGGCCAUGCAAACGCUGCAGAAUCGCUUGACGGAGCGUGAAAAAGAGAUCGGCCGUCUCAAGGAAAAGCUUCGCGAUCUGACCAAGAAGCUCCAACAAGAACAGCAUUACAACAGCAAGGAGUCGUUACAACAGCAACAAAAUGGAGCCGAAUGGACAAUUUUAUCGCAGGGUUCCAGGGAAUUGGAAGGUCUACUCAAACUCGUCUCCAAGGAACGACUUCAAUUGGAACGCAACUUUGUCCUCGCCACUCAGGGUCUGCAGCGAAGUGCCGAGCUCGACGUGAACCGCUACUCCGCGUUGGAGGCGACCAACGUCCAGCUCCGGCGGCAAGUCGAACAGCUCGAAUUACUCUGCAAAGAGCAGGCCGAAGCGGCCCAGCAACUCAGCAAAAGGCAACAGGAUCGUGAGGUGUUGGCCGAACGACUUAAAGCCAAAAGUGAAUACAGUCAAGACUUGGAGAAUCAGCUGAGCAAAGUUAUCGACAAGAACGCCGAAUUGACCAUUGAGAAUUGCGACUUGAAAAAGCAAGUGCAAGAACUACACCAGUUUGAAGCGGAAUGUCAGACGCUUCGUAGCUCAUUGAACACGGUCGAGAGCCAGUGCCAGGAGGCGCAGAGCGAAGUAGCUCAGCUCAAGGAGAAGAUGGCCAGCCUGGAUCAUGUUCUCAGGCAAAUGCGAGAAGCGGCCGAGAAGAAAAAAGAUUUGGAAAAACAACAUGGAGAGUCGGUCAACGAGUUGCGGACGGCUCAAGCCCAGCUCGGUUUGCUGGCCAGCAACAAGAACACGGAAGUGGAACGGGCCCAGCAUUCUCAGAACAUCGAGUCGCUCCAGUCUCGUAUUCGCGAACUCGAAAGGAAAAUGGAGCUGCAAAAUGUCAGACAUGAUGAAUUGUUGCUGGAGUUGGCCGCCUUGAGACGCAACCAACAUCACCAUCACGCCAGCAAUAGCAGCGCCAGUAGUCACCAUGGCAGCAGCCAAUCACUAGGCGCUGCUUUCGAUUUGGAUUCACGCGGAUCCAGUCCAGAUUCGCUGCGGUAUUUAGCAAAUGGAGCUGGAUCGGUGACGCGUACAACACCGCUGGGACAGAGUGCCUCCAAUUUAGAUGCUCUCCUCGAAAUGGAUUUGGCCGUCUCUAAUUAUAAUCUGGGCAAAAGUAUGUCGCAGCCGGUCGUGUCGGCUUCGUCCCUCUCCAAAUUGACGGGCAACGGUGGAGCAGGUGUUGGCAAUAGCCAUCACCACAUGAUUCACGGAAGCGCUGGCGGUAGUGACAUUGAGCGGAUCAUGGCCAAAAUCGAGCAGGAUAACCGAGUAUUGGCCGAGCUGGACAAAUCCCGGGCCACGAUCAGUUCUGGUUUUUCGAAUCACAAUGGAACGGCUAGCGGAUCGGUGCCGACGUCGCAAUCGAUCAGCCCGAUGUACGGCAGCACAAGUUCGGCGGCCAUCGGUUCCGGUUUGACUUCGACGACAUUGACCAAUACGUCGUCCGUGUUUUUUCCGGGCGGCAUGACCGCGUCGGCCUCGUCGGCCGCGGCCGAUUUGGCGCACACGUUGAGCCUCGGCCAGCAACAGAAUGCCGGACUGCAUCAGCAGCGCAGCUCGACGACGCUGACGGCGCCCGUCUCGAUGAUGCAUCCGCCUUUAUCGCCGCUCAGUUUGCCCGCCCUGCCGCUCGACGCCCAUUCCGGAUCGCUGCUGCACACAGUUCCGCUCCAGUCGUUUCGCCAUCCAGAGCCGGAAAGUAGCGCCGACAUGCUGGAAAUCCCGGGCAAAGGACGGUGCUACGUUUACCUGGCCAAGUACACGUACGACCCGUUCAGCCAAUCGCCAAACGACAACCCCGAAGCGGAAGUUUCGCUGGCGGCCGGCGAUUACGUCCUCGUUUGGGGCAACAUGGACGAGGAUGGAUUUUACGAGGGCGAAUUGUUGGAUGGCCGCAAGGGUUUGGUGCCGUCGAAUUUCAUCCAGCGCCUUCAAGGUGAAGAUUUGGUUGAGUUUCAUCGGGCGGCCGUGCUGGGCGUGCAGAUUUGCGGCGACGACAGUAGCACGACCAGCUUACCGAGGGACCUGCUCGGUGUUAGCCCCAACAAUCAUCCAUCGUCUCAUUUGGCCGGCGGCAACAGAGCCGGUCAUCAGGCGCCGAUGCAUCAACUUCCAGCGCAUCACCAACAGCAGCAACAGCAAGGUCUGCCUCAUCAGCAACCGAUUCGGACCAACGAGCCCAUCGAUCAAGCGCAUAUCCCCGUGGCUGGCAGCAGUCAGGUGGCCUUUCAUAGUCCGGCCAGUCGCAGGGGCAUCACUCAGUAUGAUGCUGCACGUCAGGCUCUCGACUGGGGUCUGAUGGAACUCCAGGAGUUCCUGGAAGAUGAAGAAUUAGCACUCGGUGUCAAAGGAGAAGGUCCAGAGUGGCUCUUCCUUUCGCUGCUAGUCCCUCCACCCCGUCAGUUGACGCUGGAACGACAGCUGAACAAGUCCAUCUUGAUCGGAUGGAACCAUCCCGAAGGAGCGCCUCCAGAGUCCGGCCAGAUUGCCUCCUACCACGUCUACGUUGACGGCAUCCUGCGGACCACCAUCCGGGCCGCCGACCGCUGCCGGGCACUCAUUGAAGGCGUCGAUUCCAGCAAACCCCAUCGGAUUAGUGUCCGGUCGGUGACGUUACGACGGCGGGCAUCGCUGGACGCGGCUUGCACGAUGGUCAUUGGCAAGGAAGUGCCAUCGGCGCCGACUUGCGUCCGAGUGAGUCACGUGACGGCUACGUCGGCGCUCAUUUCGUGGCUGCCGGCCAACUCCAAUUACCAGCACGCCGUCUGCGUCAAUCACGUCGAAGUGCGGACCGUCAAGCCGGGCAUCUUCCGGCACACGAUUUCGGGCCUCUCGCCCAACACCAUCUACCGCGUCACCGUCAAAGCCAAGAACAUCCGCUCGCCGCACUUUAACACGAUGGACGAGACGACGGCCAAGUACGCCGAAAAGUACUGCACUCACGUCGAGUUCAGGACGCUGCCCAAAGGUGUUCCAGACCCGCCCGUCGACGUCCAGGUGGAACUGGGACCGCAGGACGGCACGCUCCUCGUCACCUGGCUGCCCGUCACCAUCAACAGCCAGUCGGGCAAGUCCAAUGGUGUGCCCGUCACCGGCUACGCCGUCUACGCCGACGGACGCAAAGUGACGGAAGUCGACAGCCCCACAGGAGACCACGCCUUACUGGACAUUUCCAGCUUCAUGGGAUUGCAGGCCAAGCACGUGACGGUCCGGACCAAAGCCAGGGAAAGCCAAUCCGGCGACAGCGUACCUACUCCGGUGCCCAUCGACUUGAUCAAGAACCGUGGUGGCAACAGGAACGGUAAUGUCGACAUUAUGGAAGACGAGGUAGAAUGCGAGUCUGAACCGGUCGUAGCUAGCGAGGAAGACAUUGUCGGAUUGUGGAACCUCAGCCUAUUGGCGAGCAUCAAGGAUACGCUUGAAUCCGACGAAAGACCGUCUGAGUUGUCUGAUAUUGCCGAAGAACCGGAAGAAUAUCAGGACUGCAGUAGCGAAGGGGAAAUGAUGAACGAAACGAGCCGCAGCAACAACGGCGGCCGGCGGAAUUUCAUGGAACAGGCCAACAACGGUAGAAGCGGCGGUAUGAUCCAGCGCAAUCAGUAUCUCAAUCCGUCUCUACCGGGCCCUAUUCCCUCUAUCGAAAUCACCAAGGAUACGGCCAGCGAACGAUCGGGUGAUAGCUACCGCGCCGGACGAGACGGGAUGAAUCCGUACGACCGAAACAAAUCAUUGCCAGCCAACCGGAACCCGCAGAUGGGCGGCAGGAACGCUCAGGGACGAGAUAACUAUUACGCGCCGCCAGGACGGAAUCAACAGCAACAGCAGAACGACGGCUAUUACGACCAGACGGCCAACAGACGGCCCGUGGCUCGUGGAGGCAGACAACCUCCAAUGCAGCAACAGCAGCAAACGCGCAUCUUUGUCGCCUUGUUCGACUACGAUCCGCCGACCAUGUCGCCCAAUCCAGACGCUUGCGACGAGGAACUGCCUUUCCGCGAGGGCCAGCUCAUCAAGGUGCGCGGAGAUAAAGACGCCGAUGGAUUCUACUGGGGCGAAGUAGCCGGACGAUCUGGUUACGUUCCGUGUAACAUGGUGUCGGAAGUGCAAGUGGACGACGAACGGGUCGCCCAGGAACUUCUCAAAGAGUCUGGAGCGGACGGGCCGAGCCAUUCGCGAACGCGGCGUAAUUUACGGGCGCAAGGUCAGCCGGGCCACGGACGCGACCGUUGGGGCGACAUUUACGCUAACAUGCCAGUGAAACGGAUGAUCGCCCUGUACGACUACGAUCCGCAGGAGCUGUCGCCCAACGUCGACGCCGAGGUGGAGCUCUCUUUCCAGACGGGCGACAUCAUUUACGUCUACGGAGACAUGGACGACGACGGAUUCUACCUGGGCGAAUUGCGCGGACAGCGCGGUCUUGUGCCUUCCAACUUUCUGACGGAAGCGCCGCCCGACUACGAUCCGUCCCAGCCGCGCCACAAACGCCAGCAGCAAUCGAGCAACAUGAUUGAUAAAUCGGGCGGUGGGGGCGGCCAGGCCAUGCAGGAUCGCGGACGAGAUUCCAGCUAUUACGGAAAUCGCAGCCGUGAACGGAUGGAUCACGAUCGAAUGGAUCCUCGAGAUCGGGGCAUGUCCGGAGCUGAAGGUCCUCCACCUCCGCCCCGUACAACAAAUCAUCGUCCAAGUGACAAUUCACGCGACCGACGUAGCGACGUCUACUCGCCUGAUCGUCACGAGGCGAGGUCCACGGCGGCGGUCGCGAGAGAUGGUAACAUGCACCCCAAUAAUCAGCAACGCUACUAUGCAGACGACUCUUUCUCCGACGUUGACGACAGAUUUAAAGGAAGACCGGAUGGAAUGGAUUACGCCUAUAACAAUGGCAUGCCCGAACAGUCGCCACAAAUUGCAGCCGGGCAACAGCCAACGUUCAAUGGCGGGACGGGACCUGUUCGCAAUUUGCCCGCGAAUAAAGUAAUGAGAGGUCUACCCACUGUCCUUCCCGAUCCGGCUGUAAUGCAGCAGCAACAAUCCGGUCAUAACAACACGACCAUGAACGCUGACCCCAACAAUCCCUACAACAAUCAUCCUAACAAUGCUGCAACUCAACCGCCGGCCACUGCGCCAACUUCCGCACCCUUGUCGUCUCAUUUCUCUUUUUUCGGUAUGGGCGGCAACAACCAGCAACAACAACAGCAGCAGCAGCAGCAGACAGGACCGAGCCUCAUUCAAAAGAUGAUGGGCGGAGGAGGUGGCACGACAGCUGCCCCUGCUGCGACAAACUCCACUGAAAAUCCAGUGGAAGGUCUUCUUUCCAAGGGGAAAGAUUUGAUAUUCAAAAAAUUUGGCCUGUAAGUAAUAA